GCGACACUAUGAAGUCUCUAAAGAAGGAGUCCCGCCUCCGAAUACCCCCAAGCAAAUUCCUGGAGGCCGCAGAGAGCUUGAAAGAAAAGAAGAGGGCAAAGGUACCUGAACAGCCCACACCUCCCAUUCAGGAAGAACCUGAGCCUAUUAGCAAUGUCCUACAAGGAGAUGACAUUCUUGCCUUAGCCAUUAAGAAGGAAGACUUGAAGAAGCAACACAUUCCUCGCUUUAUUAAAGCAGAAGAUAAACCUGUCAUUACCCAGAAACUUACCAUCCGUAAACUCAAACCCAAGGAUCCUAGGAGGAAGGUCUGCCACUUUGUAGCACAUCCUACCACUCCAGAUGCAACCACGAAGCCCCUGGACUACUCUGGUCCAGGUGACAGUUUCUGUAGCGGUAACCAGAUCCUGCCUCACCACAUCUUGGGAAGUCUCCAGGACUUCAGGAGAAUUGCAGUUGCUCAAGGGAACACCCAGCUGGCUGAGCUGAUACACACCCUUCCCUCUAUGAAGAGCACCCUCAUCUCAGCUACAGAAGAGCUGAAGCAGAAAGCACCCAAAGAAGAGAAGGCACAUCCCUGGGCCCCGCCUCCGCAGCACAACUUUAUGAAAAACUGGCAGCGUAACCUAGCCCUGUGGAAGAGGCAGCGGGAGGCCCUCAGUGAAAGUCUGAAGAAACCUGUCGGCGAGCUGCUGAUGCACAUCGGGGAGACCUACAGACAGAUCCGGGAGGAGCAGGAGCUCAUUGACCGAGCGCUGCCGACACAGCACGAUGGGAAGUGCUCUGCGGAGACCAGCGGGUUCUGGAGUCGACUAGAAUACUUGGGAGAUGAAAUGACAGGUCUGGUCAUGACGAAGACAAAAGCUCAGCGUGGCCUCCUGGAGCCAAUCACUCGCAUCAGGAAGCCUUACUCCAUCCAGGAGGAGAUGGGAUUGCUGGCCCGGAAGGAUGCUUGGUACCGCUACACCUGGGAUCGGAGCCUGUUUCUGAUCUACCGACGCAAGGAGCUGCAGAGCGUCAUGGCAGAGCUGGAUUUUAGCCAGCAGGAUAUUGAUGGCCUAGAGGUGGUGGGCAGAGGGCAGCCCUUCUCAACUGUUACAGUGGAAGACUUUCCAGUGUCUGAAGAGAGCCAGAAAAGUUCCUCUGAAGACACAGUGAACUUAGAUGUAUUGACCGGUUUCCCUGAUGCAGCUCCCAUGCCUAUUCUUGGCCCUUCUCUGCUGUUCUGUGGGAAGCCGGCCUGCUGGAUCAGAGGCAGUAAUGCCCAGGACAAGAAGCAUGUUGGAAUUGCUGUCCGCUUGACCUUUGAAACUCUAGAAGGGCAGAAAACAUCUUCGGAACUGACUGUGGUCAAUAAUGGCACAGUAGCCAUUUGGUAUGACUGGCGGCGGCGGUCCCAGCUGGACUCUCUUCAAGACCUGAAGAAGAACAGGACACAGCGGUUUUACUUUAAUAAUCGGGAAGGUGUGAUUCUGCCUGGAGAAACGAAAACUUUUACCUUCUUCUUCAAGUCUUUGAAUGCUGGGAUCUUCAGGGAAUUUUGGGAGUUUGCAACUCACCCCACCCUGUUAGGAGGUUCUUCCCUGCAGGUCAAUCUCCAUGCAGUCUCCCUGGCCCAGGACAUUUAUAGGGAUGAGAGGAAGUUACUGGAGAAAGAGCUGGCUUCCCACGAGGCAGUCACCAUUGUGCAGAGCAUGCUACAGGAGCUGCUGGAGGGGAUCCUGACCCCGGAGCGUGUCCCAUCACCCGUGGACACCUAUCUCACGGAGGAGGACUUGUUCCACCACAGGAAUCCUCGGCUGCAUUACCAGUACCAAGUGGUGCAAAACCUGCAUCGACUGUGGCACCAGCACAUGAUCCUGCCCUUCAAGACCGAGGAGGUCAGGCCUGCAGAGGAGGAGCACGUCGGCCCCAGGAUCAGGGCCACCAGGACCCAGUCAGGCUAUUUGGAGAAGGCCCCACUGAAGGCCGAGACUUUCACACACUCUCGGACCCCAGUCUCGGAAUCCCAACCAGCCAGGCAGGACAGUAUGUACCUCAAGGACUCCCAAGAUUCUUUCAGGUCCCAGAAGACCAGAGUAGGGACCAAGAGUUCUCAGCGGAAGAGCAUCAUGGAGGAGAUCCUGGUGGAGGGGAGCCGGGAUGUGGAGAGCGCCAAGAGUGCCAAGAGCCCCUGGGAGCUGCAGGGCCUUCCCUCGCUAGAGUGGAACCUCAGCCUGGAGGACUUCAGAAAGGCAGUGAUGACACUCCCUGAGGAGAACCAGAGAGAAGACGUCCUAAUCACACUUAACAAAGCAGCCCUGGAGCUGUGCCAGGGACAGAGGCCACUGCAGUCUGACUUCCUGUACCAGAUGUGCUUGCAGCUGUGGCGGGAUGUGAUCGACAGCCUGGUGAGCAACUCCCUGUGGCUGAGAGCUCUGCUGGGCCUGCCUGAGAAGGAGACCACCUAUUUGGACAUGCCAGAAGAGCUAGAUCGAAAAUCACCUUCUGUCAUGGAAGCGAAGGUGACUUCCGGGAGAGCUGGGAAGGAGGACCGGAGAGGGGCAGGCCAGGAAAGGAAGCAGUUGGGAAUCAAAGACAAAGAAGAUAAAAAAGGAGCCAAGAUACUGGGGAAAGAGGACCGUUUAAACAGCAGGAAGUACAAGACAAAGGAUGACAAGAAACCUAUGAAAUCUUCAAGUCGGGACAGGCUUUUCUCAGAAGACCCCACCCCUGACAGCACCACCGCUUCUCAGGAACCCAUAGAUCCCCUGGUCAUGGAGAAAUACACCAAGAGGCUGCACACCGAGGUCUAUGGGCUCCUGGACUCCCUGGUGACAGACCUGAUGGUUCUGGCUGAUGAGUUUAGCCCCAUAAGGAAUGUUGAGGAGCCUUUGCGUCUUUGUACUUGACUAAUAUGGCUCAAGCAGCCUUCUGGGCAACCAGUUAACAAACAAAUCAAUAAAGAACCUUUUAAGUUCC